CGAGUGACAUCUCAAUUGAAUUUACAUUUCCAGAUCAAAUGCGCUGCUCUGGAUUCAAUUCAAGCGUCUUUGGUUACAUUUUAUGUUGCCCUACACAGUACCUACUGGGAAGGGAAAUAAUUGUCCGACUACAUUUUCAUAACGCUUGCCGCAAUCAGCGCCCUUGUGUUUAGUUUGUGUUCCGUCAACACAACGCUUCCCGCAUCCCAUGUGAUAGCCUGACGUAGCUUUCGUUCUGCGUUGCUUUGCUGUGAUGCAGGGGGGUUUCCAUCAUGGCGUCGAUGCAGAAAAGACUACAAAAGGAACUAAUGGCUUUGCAAAAUGAUCCGCCCCCUGGAAUGACGCUCAAUGAGAAAAGCGUACAGAAUGCCAUCACACAAUGGAUUGUAGAUAUGGAAGGAGCCACGGGCACGCUCUAUGAAGGAGAGAAAUUUCAGCUGCUUUUCAAAUUCAGUAGUCGGUAUCCUUUCGAUUCACCUCAGGUAAUGUUCAUGGGAGAGAAUAUACCUGUCCAUCCUCACGUUUAUAGCAACGGUCACAUCUGUCUUUCAAUACUAACAGAAGACUGGUCACCAGCCCUGUCAGUGCAGUCAGUCUGUCUCAGCAUUAUCAGCAUGCUGUCCAGCUGCAAAGAAAAGAGACGGCCCCCUGAUAACUCCUUUUACGUAAGAACAUGUAACAAAAAUCCAAAGAAGACAAAAUGGUGGUAUCACGAUGAUACAUGCUAAUGUACAAACUUUGUAAUCGUCCUAGAAGAAAGAAGUCAUACUGAUCCACAUAAAGCACUUUUUAAUCAUACAGUCACUGAACUCUGACCUUUGACUGGAACAAUGGACACCAUGAUGCGCUGGAGACUCUUUUUGAACUGCAUUUCCCAUUGGGCAGUUGGGUGCAUGUUUUAGCCAGUUGUAAUAUACAAAAUGAGAAAAUAAAGGAAUAUUUAUAUGUACCAACAAUGGAUUGUUUUGGCAAAAAGGUUAUGUGGCCAGCGAUAGAAAUGGUUUUGUAGUGAGAUUAUUAUUAUAUUACUAUUGUUUUAAGAAGAUUCUUAUUUCCUUUUGUGUUUGUUUGGGUAAAUUUUAAAGGUUGUCAUCGUGUGUUGUGUAAAAAUAACAAUGGUGGAUGCAUGCUUGGGCCUACAAAGACGUUAUUUCAGGAAGAGGAUCUGAGCAUCUUAUACCCCAAGAAAAUGCUUCAUCUUUUUGUUUUUACUGAAAUUAAAUGCACUGUGAAAAAAAUCUAGAGGUACCACUCAAUGUUAGUUAUUCCAGACAUGCAGUUAACUUCUACUGUAAAACCACAAACAUCACCACUUCCUGUUUUCAGGGGAUAAUAGGGUUUUAAGUUGCUUUACUUUUAACCCUUAAAAUCAAGAGCAGUACUUCCUCUCCGCCUUCCAUCUUCCAAGGACAGACUUGAUUUGAGAAGUUGUGUAUUUGUCUGGUCUAUGUGUUGGUACUGAACAGGUUGACACCAGAACGAUGGUUAGAACUAUUUCGUUCACUGAAGGACUGUUACGUACCUCUCUAGAAUAAUAUGGGCUGAAGUCAUUUAAUGGUGUUUGCUAGUCCAUUCUGCAAAGCCCAGCGGUGUAUGAAAACAUCACUUCCAUGUAAAGCCCAGAGGUGUAUGAAAACAUCACUUCCAUGUAAAGCCCAGAGGUGUAUGAAAACAUCACUUCCAUGUAAAGCCCAGAGGUGUAUGAAAACAUCACUUCCAUGUAAAGCCCAGAGGUGUAUGAAAACAUCACUUCCAUGUAAAGCCCAGAGGUGUAUGAAAACAUCACUUCCAUGUAAAGCCCAGAGGUGUAUGAAAACAUCACUUCCAUGUAAAGCCCAGAGGUGUAUGAAAACAUCACUUCCAUGUAAAGCCCAGAGGUGUAUGAAAACAUCACUUCCAUGUAAAGCCCAGAGGUGUAUGUCUGUUGUUGUGAUCCAUUUGUAUGAUACCUUGGUUUGGUUUGUUUUUGAUGAGAUUAAUGCUUUAAUCUUCUAAAAACAUUUAUCUGAUUUUUA